GGGGAGCCCUGAGCCUCUGCACCCCAGCUCCUGCUCCUCCUCCUCCCCCACCGCCCUGUGCCCAGCACUCAGGCUUCUCGGAGCUGGGCUGCCUGGGAGCCCGAGGACAGGAAGUCCGGGGUUCCAGUGGGAGGGGUGACCCCCAAGAAGAGGGCAGCCCAUUCACGCUUGGCUGCCAGGAGCCCUCCCCAGAGCCAGCAGAGUGGGGGUACCCUCCCCAGGGGGCCAGGGCCAUGCUGCCUUGUGCCUUCUGAGGUCCCGCACCAUGGCCCGGUCGCUGACCUGGCACUGCUGCCCCUGGUGCCUGACAGAGGAUGAGAAGACAGCCGCGCGGAUUGACCAGGAGAUCAACAAGAUCCUCCUGGAACAGAAGAAGCGGGACCGAGGGGAGCUGAAGCUGCUGCUGUUGGGCCCGGGCGAGAGUGGGAAGAGCACGUUCAUCAAGCAGAUGCGCAUCAUCCACGGCGCCGGCUACUCGGAGGAAGAGCGCAGGGCCUUCCGGCCGCUCGUCUACCAGAACAUCUUCGCGUCCAUGCGGGCCAUGAUCGAGGCCAUGGACCAGCUGCAGAUCCCCUUCAGCAGGCCAGAGAGCAAGCACCACGCCAGCCUGGUCAUGAGCCAGGACCCCUACAAAGUGACCACUUUUGAGAAGCGCUAUGCGGUGGCCAUGCAGUGGCUGUGGAGCGACGCCGGCGUCCGGGCCUGCUAUGAGCGCCGGCGCGAGUUCCACCUGCUUGACUCGGCAGUGUACUACCUGUCCCACCUGGAGCGCAUCACCGAGGAGGGCUACAUCCCCACAGCCCAAGAUGUGCUUCGCAGCCGUAUGCCCACCACCGGCAUCAACGAGUACUGCUUCUCUGUGCAGAAAACCAACCUGCGGAUUGUCGACGUCGGGGGCCAGAGGUCAGAACGCAAGAAGUGGAUCCACUGCUUUGAGAACGUGAUCGCCCUCAUCUACCUGGCCUCGCUGAGCGAGUACGACCAGUGCCUGGAGGAGAAUAACCAGGAGAACAGAAUGAAGGAGAGCCUGGCUCUGUUUGGCACAAUCCUGGAACUGCCCUGGUUCAAAAGCACAUCCGUCAUCCUUUUCCUCAACAAAACCGACAUCCUGGAGGAGAAGAUACCCACCUCCCACCUGGCUACCUACUUCCCCAGUUUCCAGGGCCCGAAGCAGGACGCGGAGGCAGCCAAGAGGUUCAUCCUGGACAUGUACACCCGCAUGUACGCCAGCUGCGUGGACGCCGCUGACGGGGGCAGGAAGGGCUCGCGCUCCCGGCGCCUCUUCAGCCACUACACGUGCGCCACGGACACGCAGAACAUCCGUAAAGUCUUCAAGGACGUGCGGGACUCGGUCCUGGCCCGUUACCUCGACGAGAUCAACCUGCUGUGACCCAGGCACCCCCUCCUCUGGUGUCCGCAGAGCGGUGGCGGGCAGGACCUUGAGGGCGUGGCCCGCGCUCUGAGAGCCCAGAGAGCCCCGCCGUCGCUCCAGGCCCGCGGGCGGGAGGGCCCGGGGUGCGCCGGGGAUGGAAGGACAGUCCCCGCCCCUGCCCUGCCCCUGGCCAGGACAGCCCCUGGGGGCUCCUCUCUUGACUCCUAGGAAAAGGAGCACAGUGGUCA